AUUAUUAUUGCCACUAAUGUCAUAUAGUAGUAAUCAUCAUCAUGAAUACUGAGGAUCAUCGGCCUUCAUCUAUUUUAUCUUUUUGGUCAGAUAAGACAGUUGUAGAUCAAGAUUUGACAGAAACAACUGAUCAUCAUUCGUCAAGUGUAUUUGAUCUUACUACUACUAAUCAUCAUCAUCAUCGUCGUCGUCAAUGCUUGAUUGUCAAACAUAUAACUCGAAGACAAUCCGAAACUCAUCGUGCUUUCCUCAAACGCGUCAGUAAUGAAUAUUGUAUCACCUCAGUAUUAUCUCAUCAAAAUGUAGUGGGUAGUCUUGAUUUAUUGAUGGAGAAUUAUCGUUUUUGUAUGGUGAUGAAUUUGACGGAGAUGGGCGAUCCUUUAUUAUCAUUGAUUCGUACUGGUAGUGCAUUCAACUCUAAAGUCGUAAAGAAAUACAUACGGCAACUAGGACAAGCUGUUCAUUAUAUUCAUACAUUAGGUAUCGCACAUCGAGAUAUACGGCCAAGUAAUCUAUUGGUGAUGCCUGAUGGUGUACUCAAGCUGACAGGAUUUCACGAUGCUCAUGUAUUUCAAUCACCUAGUCAACAUCAUCGUCUGAAAAGUCAAGGUAAAUGUGGUGAGCUUCCUUAUCAAUCACCUGAAGUUCUUUUUUGGUGGGAUCAUGAUCACACAUCAUCAUCAUCUGUUAAAAAAAAGAAAAAUACGUGUCAACAAAUGUCAUCUUUAUCUCAUACUGAUGAUGAUCAUCUGUUUUAUUGGGCUACUGCACUAGAUAUAUGGUCUAUUGGUAUCAAUCUACUUUACUUCAUUCGUGGUGAAAUCCCAUGGUCUGUCGCCUGUAUUCAUCAUAGUGCUCGUUAUUCAGAUUAUAUACUACAUCGUCAAUCAUCUAUCAUGCCACCUCUUCCCCAUUCUUUUGAACAUUUUCUUCAUCGUAUCCUUGAUCCUGAUCCCUCCAGUCGAAUGAAUAUCGAACAAUUGAUAAAUGAUCCAUGGUUGAUGAUGCCUUAG